AUUCAAAUUCGCUGUUAUCAGUCAUUAGGUACAUCGUUUUAUCAUUAUCAAACUCGCUCGAGGACUCCAUCGAGCCCUAAAUAUAGAAGACGAAAUAUCAUCUUCAUUCGGUUCAUUCGUUGUCCAUCAUGCAUUGGCUGAAGGUGCCAUUCCUAAGUGUGCUUUGCGCAGUUUUGUUCGUCACAAAUGGCUUCGCUGCGGCCGAUAGCAACGAUUGUGAGCUGCCUCCUGGACUUCGCGAAGAAAUAGCUCAGUACCAGCCGGUAGUGGAUUCUAUUUUCCAUCACAUUGUGUCGGGUGAGUAUGCCGGAAAAACGUGGCAAAGUUUGUUGGAGUUCACGGAUCGAUUUGGACCCCGGCUUACCGGGACGAAACAACUGGAGGAUGCCAUCGAUUUUGCCGUCCAGGAAAUGAUCGACGAAGGACUCGAUAAUGUGCACACCGAGGAAGCCAUCGUCUCAAACUGGCAGCGUGGAAGAGAAUGGGCAGAAUUGGUGGAGCCUUUUAAGAAGAAUCUUCCCAUGCUGGGUCUCGGAAAAUCGGUUGGAACUCCUCCGGAAGGAAUUGCAGCAGAAGUGAUUGCUGUGGAAUCGUUCGAUGAAUUUGAACAGUUCACUCCAGAUCAAGUGAAGGGAAAGAUUGUAGUAUUUGCUCCAGCAUGGGUUGGCUAUGGAGUGACAGGACGUUACCGAUAUGAGUCACCGUCGGUAGCUGCGAAAAAGGGCGCUGCUGCCGUACUGAUACGAUCGAUGACUCCAUUCUCCAUUGGGUCGCCUCACACCGGGACUCUCCAGUAUGAUCCGGAUGUCGAACGUAUUCCGGCCGCCGCCAUUGCAGUUGAAGACGCAAUGUUGCUGUUGCGUAAGUUCCGACGAGGAGACAAAAUGGUAAUUCAUCUUAAAAUGGAUGCGGCCAAUCUGGAACCAACGGUAUCUCGCAACACAAUCGGUGAGCUGGAAGGACAUACUUUCAAGAACACCUCCGUAGUGGUCGUCUCCGGCCACAUGGACAGCUGGGAUGUGGGCACCGGUGCCUCGGAUGAUGCUGGUGGCGUUUUCAUUUCCUGGAAAGCCGUAUCAUUCCUGAAAGCAAUGGGGUUGCGACCACGGCGCACUAUUCGUGCCAUUUACUGGACGGCAGAGGAGGUCGGUGUGGAAGGUGCUAAUGCUUACGAGAGACAGCAUGCCGAGGGCGAAGAGCAGGAGUUCAAUGUGUUCUUUGAGUCCGAUUCGGGCACGUUUGAACCGACCGGGCUGGACUUCUCCGGAAACAGCGAUGCACAGUGCAUAUUUGCCGAAAUAGCUAAAUUAAUGCCUGGUUUCGACGAAUUCGCUUAUACGGAGGGAUCCGUAGGGUCGGAUAUCGGAAUUUGGGAGAGAAGAGGCUUUCCUGGUGUGGCUUUGCGCAACAUGAAUGAAAAUUACUUCUGGUACCAUCAUUCUGAGGGCGACACGAUGGAGUUGGAGGAUCCGAUAGCGUUGGAUAGAAGUACCGCUCUAUGGGCAGCUACUGCCUAUGUAAUUGCAGAUUUAAGCAUCGACAUUCCGAAAGAUGUUGUCAAAUACGACUAACCCUUUCCAACGGUAUCGUGGUACUGCCUAAAUUCAUAUGGUUUCUCUUAACAAUGCAGUGAUACAGUAAAUUGAGCUAUUAAAAACUAUA